AGUUAUAAAAACAGCAACAGCGUUAGCGUCACUGCAUCGUUGAUUGACUGAGUUAAACUCGUUGACAUCUCAUAUUUUCAGGUUGUUCCCAUUGGAAACGGGUUUUAGUAGCAUAUUUGAUCACCCGUUGUUCUGACCGCUAUUUAUUUGUCGUUAAAGUCGGUGUCCUUCAGUCCGUGCUUGUCUAGUAGCUGCUAGAGUCCGCUCAAUUUGUUGUUUUUUUUCCAGCAGUUCUUGGGUUCUGCUCAAGCGUUGACCCUGGUGUGACUACAACCAGAGGGUUUCAUGUGUGUUGGUGAUCAGGAACAUGUUAACUUGCUGACUCCAUGAGCACAAUAUUUCAGCUGCUCCAGCUACUCUUCUUCACUGUCAGACUCUGAGCAGGAGCAGCAGAUCCCCUCCUCCCUCCAGACAGGACUCAUGUCCAGACGCAGCUUGCGGCUCGAUGAUGGCCUGCUGGACCGCAGUCUGCUUCGCAGCAGUGCCUCCUUUAGCGUGGGAGGAGCCAGCUGGAGGAGCAGGGCCCGUCAUUCCUGGCAGCACUCGGCCUCCUGCUCGGAGUCGCUCCUUGUCAGCUCUCCUCGGAAAGCAGUCGCCCAGUCGCUCCACAACAGCAGCCUCCACAGCGUGGCUUCAGACGCCUCCCUGAUGUCCUCCCUGCUGGACGAAUCGUCCAUCCAGGAGAGCACACUGGUCGAAACCUUCUGGGGUUUAGACCAGGAUGCAGAUCCUAAAGAAAGCACCAUUGUAGCCAAUGAGAUCAGCAGUCUGAUUGGUUCAGACAGCUGCUGUGCCAAACACCCGGUCCAGACUGUCAGCAGUGUUUGCUGUAAGGACUGCGAUUGUCAGAGCGCACCAAAGACCAACAUGGAAACCUCCACGGUCUACUGCAGAGAUCGCAGGAGCAGGACAGAUGUGCUGCAGCUGUGGCUGAACUCCUCCCUGCUGUUUGUCAGGAGAGCUGCAGCCCGCUGCAUGCCUGUUCUGCAGCUCACCUGGCUGCCCUCUCGCUCACAGCCCAACAGGCAUGGAGCUCGAUCCGGUAACUGUGGAGUCAUGGCUCUGAAGGAACCCAAACUGAAGGAGCUUCAUCCUGUCGGAUCGCUGUGUUGCUCGGCAGGAGACAUGUUCAGACAAAUCGGCAGACGAUGGAGUGGCAUGAGCUCAGGCUUCCACCUUGGCAGGCUCUUCAUUGUACUCCUGCUCCUUCUCUUCUUCACUGGUUUCUAUUCGCUCCUUCCAGACUUCAACAUGGCAGAUGUUCCAGGUCUGUCCUCUGUUCACAGCUUCAUGUCUUCUCAGAGCCAGUCAGCAGAGGGCAUUGUGGAGGUGUUGGUCCAGAGUCCGCCUCCAUCAGCUGAAAUGCCUCCUCAGGAGGUUCCAUCAGCAGCUCCGCCAGCAGUGGUGGUGUUAGAUUCUGAGCGGCUUGUUCAGAUGGAGCAGAGUCUGAGGGCGCUAUGGGAGGAGAUGGAGGCUGCAGAGCGACGGGCGGAGCAGAGUCACAGCGAGCUGCUCCAGCUCUACGCUGACCUCCAUCAGCAGGCGUCCAGGUCCCACCACAGCAGGUACGACGCGGAGCUGUGGACAAGGGGGCUAAUGGAGCAGCAGCUGUCUCUGCUCCGCAGACGACUCGGUGAAGAGAGACGGCAGAUGGAGCAGAUGCGGCAGCAGGAUUUGUUGGUGCUGAAAACCCAAAUGUCCCGUCUGGAACAGCUGGAGCUGCAGCUGCAGCAGGUCGUAGCCAGGAGUCAGGAGCUGCAAUGGACACAUGAAGCUGGCACAGCGCACCCUGCUGUUCGCUCACCUACUCCCAGCGCCAUGGUGGACAAAGAGUCCCAGGAUGCUUUGCAAGCUGAUGUUUCCCGGUUGGUAGCAGCUCUGGUGGACGUCAGGCGGGAUGUAGACGGUCUGUCCGGGUGUCAGGACAGCUGCCAACAACUUGACAGAACCCAGCAUACUCCUCCUUCACAGAUGUCAGAGCAAAUAUUGGUUCUGAUCCGAGAGGAGGUUCGGGCUUUGAUCUACGGAAACCAGCUGACUCAGGACGGUGAUUCCAUCCUCCCCGAGUCCCUCCUGCAGUGGCUGUCCCAGCAGUUUAUCAGCGAGGCCAACCUGCAGGAGGCGCUGUCCUCUCUGGAGUUUAGUAUCCUGCAGAACAUCAACCAGCGGCUGCAGCAGCUGCACGGGGCGGAUACUGUCAGAGAGGCCGUUCUGGAUACAGCUGGGAAUGCUGUCACCAAGGAGAAAGUCCAUGUGAUGGUAACGGAAGCUCUGAGACUGUUUUCUCAGGACCGAACCGGCUUGGCGGACUAUGCUCUGGAGUCUGGAGGGGGCAGCAUCCUCAGCACUCGCUGCUCGGAGACCUAUGAGACGAAGGCCGCCCUGCUGAGCCUGUUUGGAGUUCCUCUCUGGUAUUUCUCCCAGUCUCCUCGAGCUGUAAUCCAGCCUGAUGUCCAUCCUGGGAACUGCUGGGCCUUCAGAGGCUCCAAAGGCUUCCUUGUGAUCCAGCUCUCCAUGAGAAUCCUUCCCACAUCUGUCACCAUGGAGCACAUCCCCAAAUCCCUGGCCCCCAGCAGGACACUGCACAGCGCUCCAAGAGACUUCAGUGUUUAUGGUCUGAGAGACGAGCAUCAGGAGAAAGGAAAGCUCCUGGGAAAUUACACCUACGAUGAAGACGGAGAAGAUCUGCAGACCUUCACCAUCUCAGAGGAGAACAAUGAAGUCUUCCAGAUCAUCGAGGUGCAGGUUCUGUCUAACUGGGGCCACCCAGAGUACACGUGCAUGUACCGCUUCAGAGUGCACGGGACCCCAAGUGACGUCUGAGUCAAUGUGGUGGAGAAGCUGCUGAACUGCAGCUUUGUGAGUCUAUUUUAAGUCAUUUGCACAGCGGCUGGUACUAAUGUUGGCUGUGGAAAUGCUCCGACUGUUCUGUGAUCCCAUGAAUCUGUUCAUACUUUUAUACCCAGGUUCUGGUUCCAGGUUGUUGCUGCUGUUUUUCACGUUUUAUGCAUUUAUCAGAUGUGAUAAGUCAUCCAGCUGUUUGAAAUAAUCCUGGAGUUCACGCUGCAGGUUUGGCGUCUGAGCUUCAUAUUUUCUCUGAGAGGACAAAGAUUCGGUCCUGUCAAAGUAAAACCUUCUCUCUGUGUCACUGUCACGGUGCAGAUAAAGGUGCUGAGCAUGGAAACGGACUGACGGGUCGGUCUGAUGAGGAGGAAAGACCUCAGGUUUCAGUUUAAGACAAACCCCUGCUUCAGUUGAUUAUACAAUAUUAAAUGUGUGUACAGAUUUUUAACAUUUGUAAAUCUGAAAACUGUGAAACAACUUAAAGGUAAAGAAAAUAUAAAACCUUUUCGUCACACCCGGAGUUUCUUUGAUUUGAAAGUUUAUUUAUGUGCACUGGAACAAUUUUUAUAUUUGUAUGUAAAUACUUUUGUACAAGACUUCAAACUGAAUUGUUAUAUAAUAAAAGAUGUGACAUUUUAAAA